GAAGGCGGUGCUAGGCGCUUCUCAAGAGGGCUUCGAUAUCAAGAUUUCUAAUUCAAGUUGUCUGAGGCUUAUAUUCUCCACCCCCACUCCCCCAACCACCAUAUCACACUCAUCUAACUGCCACCCAAACACCCACCACCCACCACACACACACACUAUCACACGAAAAGGAUAAUUUUUGAUAAAAAUACAGAAAUGCCCCGGCGACGUCGUCCACGUUGCAAGGUGAAUCCCUCGAUAGCGCUGAGGAAGAAGAACCAGGAGAAUGCCUCCAGUCGCCAGAAAGUGGAGCCGCCACGCCCACCGCCCCCGCCGGAUCCACCCAGCGAAGAGCCACCGGAAAUUGCCUCCACUUCGAGCAUAGAUUCUGGAGUCGAGUUGGAUUACAAACUCUUCCCGGAACUCUACGAUCGCCAGCCGGCGGUGCCCACGUUUGCGGAUGUUUUCGGUCAACCCUCUUACGGAUUGGUUUUGCAGGGACCGGAAGUGGCCACUUCCUCCACAACGGCGUCGCAUGCGGUGGGAAUCCGUAGUACGGCCGAUGGAAAAUUCACCAAUAUUCCUUCGACCAUGCUGGGCGAUCGCUUCGGGAUCACCGGACUGCUGGCUGCCAUGAGAACUACGCACACGGAUCCCGCGGCCACGCAGCUGGUCUUCGGCGAGGAUCUGACUACCUACGGCCUGGAUUUGGCUGCCCAGGGCGACAUCUAUGUGCACUUCAACGGACCCCUCACCCGCGAGCCACCGGACAGGAGCUCCAUGAACUGCGCCCUCGAGCUGGGGAUGCGCGCCAUGCGGGAUGCGAUAGACCGGUAUCCGCCCAAGGCUCCCAGUUGGGAUCCCUUCGUGCCGGAGACCCAUAACCUGGGUCUUUUGGAUGGUCAGGACGGCAUUAAGGUUACCGUCCCGGAUACAACCAAUCAAGUGCAAGAUCCGCAACAGAAUCUAGAAGGAAAUCACGAAAGCUAA